AAUCAACGAUAUAGCGAUCGGAAAACCCUGUUGCAAUGUCAAUUGUGUCUUCCAUGUCGGAGUGGCCAGAGAAUGAUUAUUGUCUAAUUUGUGGUAACCUUGGGAAUGAGGUCAAUGAUGAUGUCCUAUCAAAAGCCUUUUCAAAGAUUCCAACCUUUAACAAGGCUAAGAUUGUGAGAAACAAGCAGACUGGUAAAACCAGGGGAUAUGGAUUCGUGAGUUUUUCCAACUCAUUAGACCGUGCUGCGGCACUUACAGAAAUGAAUGGGAAGUACGUUGGAAAUCGACCAAUUAUACUUCACAAGAGCAAGUCCAGGAUUGAUUAUGAAGCUCUGGAAAGACGCAGGGCAAGGACUUUCACACAGUGAUUGUCCAAUGUAGUAUAUGACUUGUUAGACACUGUCAAAUAGCUUGAUCUCGUUGGAAUUUGUAAGAAGACGUCUAACGUUGCUUUAAUGUUCACAUCAAAUUAAUAGAUGCAAGAUCGAAGACGUAUGUCUUAUGAAGCUUAAGAUUUGAUGGACAAAGUUAGUCACAAUUCCACUAUUAUUUAAAUGUGAUGUAUUUUUCUUUGAAUUUGUAACUUCGAAUAUUGAUUAUUU